CAACGGUGGUGUCGUUCCGUAGUCGUCGUCGAUCUCGAUCGUUCGGAGAACAACCGAAAUCUUCUGAAGGAUCAGUUUUUUCCAACCCUUGGAAAGCUGGGGGCGCGAAUCUAUGGACCGUGUGCGAUCGGAACGCGCGCGCCCUACGAUCGCACGUUAUUAAAAUUAUAUAUAACGAUGACGAGAGGACCGCGGCGCGCGCGUCUCGAGAAAGUACAGGCGGCCGAUUUUUAUAAAAUAUUUCCGUACCGAUAAGUAGGUCUUGCGGCAUAUGAUAGUCACAUCCUGGUUCUUUAGAAUAAUACAAUUUUUUUUUUCCAUUCCGUUCCUCCGCUCAUUAUACACGCGACUGGAUAGUAGAAAGUGAAAGCGUGUACGUACAGUUUGUACGACCGUCUACUACAGUAAUAAUAAUAUAUAUUUUAUAUUUUUAUUAUUACAUUGCUGGCAAGCGAGUGUGUGUGUUUGUUUGCGAGAAUUGUACGUACGCGUGUGCGUUUGGGGCCCUGUUCUUGCCUGCGCGCGAUUUACUUUUCGUAAAAACGCAUUCGGACGCGUGUACGUUUUUCGGGACGCGUUCGCGACAAAUUCGAGAAAAAUCUGUGGGAUAGACAAGAGUAGAUUUUUUACCGACGUCGGUCCGCGUCUACGUUUUGUUUAAUGUUUUCGCUGUUUUCAGCGCCGCGUACGAAACGAACAGCGGUGUAGUAAUGAUACCGUUGUAGUAUUUUUAAGUACGAACCACAUCGGUAUUAUUACAUCAAGCCUAAAACAAAAAGAUUAAAGUAUGAAUACUGGAAGUUAUCCUACAUUUGUGACCGCUGCGCCGGCAACUUCAUUUAACACCUGUUCAAGUGCAAACAUGACUCAAGUGAAUUCAGGAAACAAAUAUACAAAUGUUCAACAACAAACUGAUACAACUAACACUAAUACAGUAGUUAAUACUUCUAAUACUAGUGGACAAGUCGUUGCACUAUUGAACAGUGAUGAAGCAGGUGUAACUUAUUUGAGGCCUCUGGAUUCAAAUGGUUUUGCUGUAAAUCUAGCAGGAGUUGGAUCAUCUAAUCAACAAGGACAAAUAUUUACUAUUCCCAUAACUGUUCCUGGUUCUAAGCCUGGAGAACAAAGCCAAACUAUACAAAUUCAAGUAGUUGGGCAAGGUGGUAUAUCUGGCGAUAAACUUUUGCCUGUUUUUGGUCCAGUAUUACAACUAGCAUAUAACCAACAACAAGACAAUGGAACCAUUCAACUUCAGUUGCAGCAAGAAGGUGAUGUUUCAAAUGACCAAAUACAUAAUAAUAACAACGAUUCAAUGCAAUCGUCUGAUUUAUUACAAGACGUUCAAGAAGACCAAGAUAUGAUUCAAGAUGUCAAACCAGUAAUUAUCGAACAAAGCGGCACAGAUAGUAAUGGUUUACCAUUUCCAUUAGCAGUAGUGGUAAAUCAAGACAUGGUUGUGCGGCGUAAUCAGCAAGACAACAAAAUAAUUGGCGAUCAAAAAGAUAAUCAGGCGGACAAACGAUUAAGAAUUCAAAAUGAACAAGAUCCAGCAAAUCAAUAUGUUAUGACUUACUCAUCUAAUUCAAAUAAUUCUGUUUCAUUGGCUGAUUAUAUUUCAAUGAAUCACGAUAAUAUACCUCUUGGACAUUUUUUAAAAUUUUCACCUGAUAAUAAUAAAAGAGAUAGUAUGGAAUCAUCUGGUAACCAAGAUGAUGGCAAUAGUGAAAUGGUAGUUUACGAAGAUACCAAUAGUGGGGAAAAGGGUAAAAGAAAAAAAAAAUACAAAAAGAAACCACCAGCUGCUCGAAAACCACGACCUGGUCAAAUACAUAUUGCAACUGCCUUAGAUGGUACACUUCUAUUUUGUUGUCCAGAAUGUAGUAUGGCUUACCCCGAUAAAGAAAUGCUUGAACAACAUUUAGUUGCUCAUAAAAUAGAAAGAAGAUUUAUAUGUGACUUAUGUGGUGCUGGACUUAAACGAAAAGAACAUCUAGAACGACAUAAAUUAGGUCACAAUCCAGAACGUCCAUUUGUUUGUAAUGUUUGUUGUAAAGGUUUCAAAAGAAAAGAACAUUUAAAUUUACAUGCUGUGAUCCACUCUGGUGUAAAAACUGAAGUAUGUCAGGAUUGUGGUAAAGGUUUUUAUCGACGAGACCAUUUAAGAAAACAUACUCAAAGUCAUAUUACUAAACGUUUAAAAGAAGAACAUGCAGCUCUUCAACAAAUGGCAGAACAAGUAACAGUAUCAGAUCGUCAAAAAAUGUCCGUCCCCGAGCUUAUCCAAAAUCAAAGUCAUUCAGGACCAAUCAUUAACUUGGCUCACCAAGAAAUGAUAAUUGAUGCUGUUGCAAGUGGAAGACACGACAGCCCUACCCCUCCAAAUGAUCAUCAAAUUGUCAUCACCAAAGGCAACCAAAAACUUACUGAACAAGAGUUGAUUAUACUACAGCAGCAGCAGCAGCAGAUUCAACAACAACAGCAGCAGCAGCAGCAGCAACAAUUACAACAACAACAGCAACAGCAACCAAAUAGUCCAAAUAUAGCCCAACAAGAAAUGAUCAUUGAGGCUGUAGGACAACAACAUCAUAGUCCAUCUCCACCACAUGUGGAACACCAUCAAGUCGUUAUUACUAAACUAGAACCAACAGAAGAUUCAAGAGAAAAUGAAAGUAUUGUUUUGACUCAGUCUGAUGCUAGAGAAGCACUUGGUUUACUACACCAUCAAUCUCAAUGACCUAUACUUUCAACUGCCAAGGUGACAAUUAAACAGGAGCCACCAUAAUAAUGCAAGUAUACUAUUGGUAAUCUAUAUUAAUCGUUUCCUAAAAGUCAUUUGAUCUAAAAUCAAUGUUAACAUAUAUAUGAUACUAUUUUUAAAUUCUACCAAAAAUAACUUCCAUUAUUUUUUUUUAACAAUUAUAUAGAAACAGAUGUGCUCAAUAUUGUAAAUAAUAAAAUUUACAUGGAUGACAUUGUUUUGCAUGAACAGCAAAUAGUUUUGUGAGUUUCAAUAUUUUAUUAAUACAAACUUAUUAUAUUUUAUUAUUUCUGACUGUCAAAAGUAAAUGUCAACUAAAAAUUUUCCGUUCAUCUAGCCUUUUCAUUAUAUUGACGCUUAAUAUUAUUUAAGAUCAUCAAAUUAUAAUGUUUUAUUUUACUUUAAUUAUAUCAUCAUAUUAUUGAAUUUUGAAUACAUUUUGGUUAAAUAGAAGAUUCUGAGGAGAAAAGACUCAUUGCUUAUUUGAAUUAAAUAGGAUAAAACAAUAAAAAAAAUCAAUCUUGCUCACCCUUCUUUAUUUGUUGAAGAUACACAAUUCAUCCCAUUGACAAAAUUAAAACCUAAAAUAUAGAUUAAUCUGCAGUACUAAAAGCAGAAUAAUAGACGACAUAUUUUAUAUUUUUUUAAAUUUUAAAACAUUAAGGUAAUUAAAAAUUAUUAUAUAAAAAGUGUAUAGUCUAUUUUAUUUAUAACAAAAUUGUAUAUUUC